AUGGCGCGGCGGAGAAAGGCGGCGGCCGCGGGAAAGCGCGGGCCGCCCGCCGCGCUUGUCAGCCCGGCUUCCUCGGAGGACGAGGCGCCGGAGGAGGUGUCCUUUGGCGUGGCGAGGGAGGCGGCCGAGACCCAACGGAAGCUCGUGGGGGAGGCGGCCCGGAGGCACCGGGAGCUGCUGAAGGAGAAGCGGCGGCGGCGGCAGGAGCUUUUCGCGGAGCAGAAGAGGCGGAAGCUGCUUCCCGAAGCCGUGCUGCAGGAGCUGGCCGCCGCGCCGCCAGAACGAGCCGAGGAACAAGCUGCAGCUGCGAACACAGGUGAACUCUGUGGAGGUGGGGCUGCAAAGCAGAGCGAAGGCAAAGCCCAAAGGCUGGUGAAGAAAGUUGUGCAAAGGAAGGGUGCCAGGUCAAAAGGAAACUAUGUGGCUGUGCGCUUAAAAGAUCAGACUUUGGAAGGCCUCCACCAAAAGCUCGCCCGAGACUUUUUAAGCACUCAUCUCUAUGGACCAGGCACCAACCGGGUAGGGGCAAAUGAAUUUUUUUCCCUUGAAAAUAAGAAAAACCCAGUUAGAAAAGCUGCCGUUCAGUUUGUGGACAAAUCUUGGGGGCAAGAAAAGAAGCUAAAAGCAGCAAGGUUUAAACAACGUUGGCUUGCAACACAGAUUAAAAAGCAAGUAUGAAGACAGCUGUUUCAGAAGAUGCAAUUAAGAACUUCUACUGUGUCUCUCCACACAAAGGUGUUUUUUUUCCCCCCACUGCUCCAUCACUGCUGCUCUUUCAGAUCUAGGCAACAGCCACCAGCAGGCACUAACCUUCAGCAAGCUGUGCCUGAACUGACCGUGCCAUUCUCUUCCCUCCCCCUUUCAGGAGAGGUGAGAGAAGCUAAGAACCAGCUGGGCCAGGGUAGUGACUGUGUAUCCUUAAUACUGUUUGAGAACAGCUGGUGUUCUGGCCAGGCUGGUAGAGCUGCCCCCAUGAGGAAGCUGUUUUGCAGGGAAUAAAGAUUAACAGUGUUGUA